AUUUCAGCAUUCUGAAGAACAGUCCUCCGAAUGGAUCAUUUGCCCAUGACCCAUCAGGAUCCUCCCUGUUAAACUCAGAACCCAGGUUUGUCAAAGGAACAACUGUGCUAAUGGAAUAUGAAAUAAUGAAGCAACCUUGCAGGAAUGAGAAUACAGUCACGUCCAUGGAAGAAACAGAGCCUCCACCCCUCCCUCCUAAACUGCGGAAUCUCGACAACGUGCAUGUCCAAUUACAAAGGAAUUUUACACUAAAAGAUUUCAGGCUCGACCUCGAGCCCAUCAACUUGCUGGAGGAGAUUUGUACAGGACAGGAAUGGGCAAAAUUCCUUCCUGUAAAAGAUUCCUCACCCCAAACAGAUGCCAAAGACUACUCACAGACAGAGGAUUCCAAUCAUUCGAACGAUGAUAUCGGAUCUCGGAAUGCAGUCAUGAAGCCGGACCUAUCAGCAGACAAAGAGCAGUCAGAGAUCAGUUCUAAUCCAGCCAGUAUUACUGACAGUCAGGUGGACAGGGUAGUCCAGGUCAGACGAGGAACAUCAGAUUCACCGUUUUCUGCUCUUCCCGAAACACCAAUAAGAAAUGUUACAGGAACACAAAGGACAUCUAAUGUGCCAGAAUCUGAGCAAUUUAAAGGCGGUGAAAAUGAUCUCAUGGUAAUAAACACGUAUGAUGAAAAUGAUCUGACAAAUGUCAAGGACAUGCCACUUGAUUUGUCUGUUGUCAAGUCAUCUGGAUUACUAGACAAUUCUGCACUGAAGAGUCGAAUCCAACUGAGCAAAAAAAGAAAACAUCGACCACCACGAAAGAGUAAAAAAGGAAAUUUCAUUAAGGGCUUUUUUCGCCAACGCAGUGCCUCUACAGAGUCCUCUGAUUCCCCUACUUCUUCAUAUGCUUCUGUUUUUGCCUCCUCCAAAUUUUAUGCUUUACCAUGUUCAGAAUCCAAUAACUCCCAGACACACGAAGAUUCCCAUACAGCUGUACUUGGUAAUGAGAAGGCACAAGUAAGAAAUGCUGCAGUACUUCAAAGGAUAUCAGAAAUGCCAGAAUCCUAUGGCAAUGAUUAUGACAAUGCAGAAGUGUUUGAUCAGCUAUCAAACAAGGCAGAGUUGAUGGAUUUGCCUGUUGAUUUCUCUGUUGUCAAGUCAUCAGGAGUGCUAGACAAUUCUGCUCUGAAGAAUCGAAUCCAGUUGAGCAAAAAAAGAAAACAUCGACCUCCAGGAAAAAGAAAAAGUAAAAAUGCCAAAACGAAGUUCUCCACUAUAAACAUUAUUCGCCCACGCAGUGCCUCAGAGUCCAUUCAGUCUCGCCCUUCUUUACAUGCUUCUGUCUUUACCGCCUCUGAAUUUAAUCAUUUACCAAGGUCCAAUGAUGCCAAAGAUUCCCAAACACCUGUUCCUGGUAAUAAGCAAAAGGCAAAAUUCUUUAAACCAAAGCUAUGGAAGAUGAAGACCUAAUUCAUUUCUGGAGAAUGUAAAGGAACAAAGGUCAAGCAGGUCCCCAGUAUACAUGUGACCUGAAAAGGAACUGAAACCUACAGCCAUAUCAUAUAUAAAUACUGUAUAUAUGUUUUUGUUUUGUUUUUUUGUUUUUUUUGUUUUUAAUUAUAAAUAAGUUGCUUAUUUAUAAGCAGAAUUACUUGUGAAAUUAAAAAAAGUGAAAUACUUUGGCUAAAAUGAAAUGUAGAGUUGUUCAGCUAAGACAUGUCUGGCGUAUGAAGUUUUCUUCUUUAAUUUUGUGCAAGAGAAAUUAGGCUAAUUAGGCUUGUUAGCUAACAAGUAAGUUAAGCUUACAGUAUAGCUGCAUGUAUAAAUCAUUACACACAUGCCUUAAAAGAUAUUAUUUGCAUCAGUCAAAAAGUCAUUUGAACAUGAACAAUUUUUAAAAAUCACAGAAUAAGUCAAACAAAUCUAUACAUAAAUCAAAUUGGAGGCAUUUUCUUUAUCAGAAUCACUACUAAUAUUUAAUUCUCCCUUCAAACUCCUACAGUACAUGACACUGAUGUUUGUUCAAAGUGACACCACCUCCAAGAGACAUUUUUUUUUUGCCUUAAGUUAAUUUCAAUUUUAUUUGUAUAGCACUUUUAAUGAGAGACACUGUCAAAAAGCAGCUUUACAAAAAUCCAGAUGUACAUAUUUACAUCCCUAAUGAUCAAAACAGAGGCUACAGCGACAAGGUAAAAUUCCUGUGACUUCAUGAAGAAAUAACCUAAAAAGGAACCAGUCUGAAAAAAAAAAAUCUCUUUUGGGUGACAUUGGAUAGUGAGAUUUGUAAUGAAAAAAUGUUAUGUACACUUCUCCAUUUUUUAUAAAUAACAGUGUUUCAAACGGGGUCAGAAACCAUACAGAGAUACGGAACCGGAGCUGGUUUGAAGAAAGUGUGUAAUUAUGUGCGAUAUGACUUGGAGAUCCACUACGUUUGAGGUAAAGAAGAGAUAGUGUAAACGUUUUUUUUUUGUUCAAAUGCAAUAAAUGAUCAAGAUAUGCUUCAUAGUAUCAAAUUACUGUAAUAGUAUGUACAGUAAACAUGUACAGUAUAUAAUAUAUUACCCAACAAACAAAGGGGAUUCAUUAUAUAAAGACAAUCAGCACUAUAUUGUUGUAUACCUGAGCAUUCUUGAUCUUAUUUCAUAUAAUUUCAAUGCAUGACUGGAAAAGGACACCUUUUUGCUAACACUCUUCAUUGGAUUUGUUCAAAAGAUUGAAAACAACAACAACAACAGCAACAACAACAACAACAAUAAAAAAUUUACUGGACAUGUACCCAGACUUUCCUGGUGGUCUAGUGGCUAAGGAUCCUGGGCUCUCAGUGUCACGGCUUGGGUUUGAUUCCCAGGCAGGGAACCCCAGCUGCACUCAUGAUUCGUUCAAGUCAUGCCAGACAGAUCAUAUUAAUGAGAGGAAUGCCACCACAAAGUCAUAAUUACAAGUGGGAAACUUGAGGAUUUUCUUUGAGCUCAGAGUUUCAGAGUUGGGGGCGUGUCAGUAAGAAAACAUUGGUCGAAUCAGUGGAUGCAACGUCUGUGGUUGACAGUAAAUUUGUUGAAAUUGAAUGUUUACUCAUCCCAGAAGCUGAUUUCAGUUAUUAUGUAUUUGGUAUAUGCAGCAAGUUAUUUUCAGGCUUUUUUAUUGAGAAUAAAACAAGCUAAAUGCCUGCACAAAAUACGAUAGCAUUGUACAAUUAUGAUAUAAUAGGCUAUGUAAUGAUAAAGUUUACAGUGGCUUCAUAAAUUGGUUCAAAACAUGAAAAAGC